CACCCGCUGACCUUAGCUCAGGAGAACGAACAGCCUGGACCAGGAGGGCGUGCUGCUUCCUGGUCUGCGACGGGUGUUCUGUUUGAUCUGAAGCUUUAAUUUGUCCGCUUAUCAAAUGGGGUAAUCAUUCCAGGCGUACCUUCCUAACUCUGCUACUGUGAGGGUCAAAUUAGAUGAUCCCACAGCUUGGAAAUGCAAAAGCAAAUGGAUGCAGCCACGAGGAGCCUGAGCUCGCGCACCUAGACGGCGUGCAGUCCUAAUUUGGGGGGAACUUACUCUCUGUGAGUUCCCUGUUUUCUCCCCGAGACCUGGAAUGUGAGUUUGAGGGACAGGCAUCUAUUCAGGGGUUUCUAGGGGACACAUGUUGGCGUGGACUCUGGGAAGAGGGAGAGGAAUUGAUGGAGACUGCUGUUUCUCAGACUGGAUCUCGUUCCUGCGGCAGACACAGGCAUCAGUGCUCAGAGCAGGGACGCGGCGGGACGGAGUGGUCUCCAGGAGCCCAGGCGAGGACAUCAAAGGAGCUAACAGGAAUGUCCACCCUGACCUCCCACAGAACUCACUGUGUCCUCGGCCACCCUCCUCUCCCUCAUGCACACCCCCGUCCCCUCCCUGCAAAGCAGAACCUCACUCAGGGGCCUCGGGCCCAGGUGAGCGCCCUCCUUUUACAGGUAAGGAAGAGUGACCUGGCUGGCACUCAUCCUCCAAGCUUGUCUGUCCUUCUCUGAGCUAUGACUGAUUCAUCAGUUUACCAUGUCCCAGGCAUUGCGCUAGGCACCUUUCAAAGAUUAGUCCAGCAUGCAUUUAAUCCUUGUGAGGAAGGCAUAUGUAUAGCUCAUUCUAAUAUGGAGAAACGUGGAUGACAAAGUUGAGCGGUUUGCCCAAGCUCACACAGCGCCGUGCUCUUGACCACUAGACAGAGUCCUUCCUGGGGUCACCAACCCCGCCCCCAUUCCCCUCCCAACUUACUCAUAACCUCCAGAUCCCAAACCGUCUCAGCUCAAGGAGCUGCUUUAUCAUUUCUAACUAAAUUGGAACAUUUUUAAGAGGAUGCUCACUACUAAGAGCGAGUUUUGUUUUUUUUAAUGAAAGUUGCAUGAGAUAGGCUGUCUUAAGGAAUGACUUUCUAACGAUGUGUAAGAAAGCUGUAGGUCAUGGGCUAAGGCGCUUUGUCAGAUUGUUUCCUAGGGUACAAGCUGGUGAAGGGGGUUUGCAGGUCUUUAUGGCGCUGAGGCUGGAUGGUGAAAUGGGGAAGGAGGGACACACCGGUUUUACAGCAUUUUAGGGGCGCUCGUAGCCUAGCAAACCCGGUACACAGUAGGUGCUCAAUAAAUGCGACGUAUCCGGGUGAUAGGCCCCGGUAAGAAAGGUGAUGGGUGUGGGAACCUAGAGCAGAAGAAUCACGGCCCUGCUUUUCUUCCCUUCAUCCUCGGAGAUCCGAACGCCAAGGAUGGGGGGCGCGGCGUGGUGGGCUCCCUGGCCCCCCCGCCCCGUCCAUCCCCUCUCAACUCCCCUCCAACCCCCUACCCUCGGCCUGCCGCUGGGCCCCAGCCCCUCAGGCCCCCCGCGCACUCACCCCGCGGCUCCGGGCCGCGCUCCGAGCUGAGCUCCAUUGCCUGGACUCCAGCACGCGGCCGUCGGACUGCUUUUGCGCGCCGCCUAAUGAAGCCUCGCGCUCGGGCAGGUGUGCGAAGCUGUGAGCGUGGGGUGCCCGCGCCCUCACCCCGCCGCCGGCGAGGCCCACUCGGGAGGGCGGUGCCUGGGGCAGCUGCGGGCUGCCGAGGCCCGGGGGCCACGCCGCUUCCCGCCCCCGCCGAGGCCCAAGCCGGGGCAGGUGCGGCUCCGCUGCGGCCCCUCCCCGGUGGGUGGGGGUUGCACGCGGGGCGUGGGCGAGAGCCCGCCUACUGGGUCGCGGUCGGGAAGCUCGCCCUAGAGGGCCAGGGCGUUCGGCUGGGGGAGGGUGGCCGGCUCCCUGGGCCGGACUUGGUGGCGCCGUUGGCCUUGGAGACAGAGUCCUUCCCGUGGAAGGCGACUUGGGGAGCCACUUAUCAAGGGAGCUCCAAACCCUUAACAAGGGUUCCCUGUCUCCCAGCUGCAUCAUUGAGGUUUCCCCAGGCCUCAGGAUUAAUGAGCCCCCAAGACGCCAUGCUGAUUGGAAGGUCCGUAGAGCACGGAGCUGUCCUGAGGAUGAAAGCGAGCUGGAAGAACCCAGGCUGCAGGGUGAAGUGGACACCUCUUGAAUGGGACGCAAUUGUACGCGCACGGGAGGCCGCAGAAUUUAAAAGACUCUGGACGCCACGUGCUUUCCCGCUGUAAUCACCUAUUGGUAAGUUUCCCUGUGCCUUAAAUGCCUUUCAGGGGCUUGGCCUACACACAUGAACUUUGAAGAUAUUACCAGUUCUUUCUGAAAUAUAAAAAUUAUAAACGAGUUAACUCCGUGACAACAUGACCAAAAUUCCAGGCACCUGGUGUUUCAUUCUGACUCCUAUAAGACUAAUAUCCUCUAAUAAAUGAGGGGUUUAAAAAUAGGGCCCAGUUUCAGCUAGAAAGGAAGCAUUCUAGGCCAUGUGAGCAAGGAAUGGGGGGCAGUGAAGUCGCUUUCUUUGUGGAACAUCAUCAUUUGGUGGUGACGUGGCGGUAAAUGGAAUGCAAUCGUCUGCUUGCUUAAACAUUUACAGGACACCUACCGUGUGCUGGGCACUGUGCGCAGGUCACUUCCUGCCUGCACAAGCUUACUGGCAGAGAGGGGGUUAGAACAGUGACGCAAGUAAAUGGACAGUGUCCAUACGAGGAGGUCGGUGGUGAGUUAGAAGGAUGCAUAGAGGAGCAGGAAGCUCUGCUGGACUCGGAUUGGGGGUGGGGCAGGAAAGGCUUUCUUGGAGAGGGUGACACAUGAGCUUUGAGCUGAAGUUUAAGGGAGAGGCAUUCUUACCAUGUCACAGCCCUGCUUAAACCCUGAAGUGGCCCUUGCCUGCCUGUGUGAUAAAAACCAACCUCCCUAACCAGGAGAGGAGGCUUCUGAGGUCUGGUUCUUUCCUCUGAAGCCUCAGCUCUCCUGCUUCCCACACCCAAGUAUUCCAGUUUUAAUGUCUCUUUUGACCUAGUGUUUUUCAAGGAGUGUUGACACCCUGGAUUAGAAUUUCUUAGGGAAUUUGUUUAAAAUGUGGCUUGCUGGGCUUCCCUGGUGGCGCAGUGGUUGGGAGUCCGCCUGCCGAUGCAGGGGACACGGGUUCGUGCAGAAACAAAGUCAACUAAAACCAACACGGGUUCGUGCAGAAACAAAGUCAACUAAAACCAUCCCCGGGGAUGGAGAUAGGGCAAGUGGAUGGUGGGGGACUUUGUCGGGGAAGGAGAUGACCUGUUGUCCUUUACUGAGGUGUCUGCUGCAGUGAAAGUGGGUCACAAUUAAUUUCUUAAUAGGUUAUCCUAUCAUUAAAUUAAGAAUAAAUCAUCCUUCCCUGCCAUCACUUAUGUUGAAUUUCCUCUCGCCGUCUCUUUGCCCUCUGCCUGGGUGAAGGUCAGAAAAGCAAAGACUCAAAUCACCCAUAGACUGGACGCCACCCUUACAUAAAACUCGGAAAGAUACAGAGUCUGACUGUAUAAAAGGGUUUGCUCUGAGACUUAAGGAAUUGAAGAUGUUGGCAUUUUCUAAACACAUAAAUAAUUGAAUUUGUUGGGCCUGGGCUCUGACAUGAGAGAAAUCGAAGCUUUCCUCCUCUUUGUUUCUCUCUUUCUUUCCUCCCUUCCUCAGUCUUGAUAUUCUUGCCUUGUCGUUUUGUGUGUGUGUGUUUUUUUUUUUUUACAAAUGAUAUCGUUUUCUUUAUUUACAUGAAAAUUAGAUUUAGCGGCUGCAAGUGAAUUUGGUCUAAGAAGGCUUGGGAUAGCGUCUUGACGUGUUUGGUUGAAAAGGGAUUGUACUUAUGAUAUAUGCUGUGGAGAGUGCUAUCUUUCAGAUAGGGAAGGGGGACUGCUCUUUAUUGGGAGGACAAAAAGAUACUGUUUUAGGGGUACUUGGAAAUAUUUAUUUCUACGACUUGGUCCAUGGCAUCUUCGUGAUCUUAAGGCAUGUUCAUAGACCAACCUUGUUUAGAGGGAAGGAUUAUUUUGGGGGGGGCAGUGCGU